AUGGCCUCCCCAUUUUUAGGUAACGAGGCGUUAACCUCACAUGAUUUCGAAGAGGAGCACCAUGAAAAAUGCCACCACAAUGAGCUGGUUCACAAUAGCCUGUUGACGCUGGGCACCAUUGAACUUAGGGGGAGAAGUGGCAACAGUGGUGGGACCGGUAGGGCUCUUGCUGUGGGAGCCACCCGGAUUGUUGGUUGGCGAAGCUGUCACAACAAUCUCAGUGGUGUUGGAGUAAUGGCCGCCAGUUGGAACGGGCACUACAGCUGUACCAGUGCCGAGAUUUCCAGGGGAAGUAACGAAGGUGGUGAGCUUCGUAGUGCAUGGGCCAACGUGCGGGCAUGUGGUCUGGGUGACAGUCCUGGUGGUGAACUCUUCAGCCACGCUGGAACUAGUAGUCUGAGCUCCGGGAACCAGGCCAGUGCAGCCAGCACUCCCAUGGCACUUGGUCACGGUGACAAGAGUCUUGGUGAGAAUCGUGCUCUCUGGGCAUUCAGUGUCGGUCACGGUGGCAACAAUGGUGGUAGGACCACUCGGCUCAUCGCCGGGAAGGGUGGUGACAACUGA